CAAGAUGGCGGAGGAGCCGGGACCUGUGUUGCAGCUCCCUCCUGCAACUGCUGCGGCUGGCGGGGAAGGACUUACGGAGAUCUCCCCAGAAACAGCGACUCCAGAGCCGCCCUCUUCUGCUGCAGUCUCGCCGGGAACAGAGGAACCUGCCGGUGACACCAAGAAAAAAAUUGACAUCCUGCUAAAGGCUGUGGGUGACACCCCUAUAAUGAAAACGAAGAAGUGGGCUGUAGAGCGAACCCGAACCAUCCAAGGACUCAUUGACUUCAUCAAAAAGUUCCUUAAACUCAUGGCCUCGGAACAAUUGUUCAUUUAUGUGAAUCAGUCCUUUGCUCCUUCCCCAGACCAGGAGGUUGGAACCCUCUAUGAGAUCCUGCUGCAAGAAAUUGAAAAAAAGAAAAAUGUUUUGGCAGUGAUGGUAAACUGGUUCUACAUUACUGCAAAUCUCAGGCCUGGGGGUGAACACAGAAAAACAACUUGCUACAACUGUGACAUAACUGUUGACAGAGGAAAUGGCUCUGAACAGACUUUAAUGGAUAAGAACUACUGGGCAUGAAGACUCCUGGUUCUGCCCAAGGAGACAUCUACAGACUGAAGAGACUCACAGAAAUGGGACUUGUACCAAUUCACAAAUCAUGGAAAGGCUGGCAUGGGAGUGUGUCCUUGCACCUACCCAUUAACUGCUGCUGUUUAAGAUCUGCCUCUAAGGUUAAAGGAAGCUGAAAUACAUGAAUGUAUUACCCAUUUUCAAAAUGACUGAAAUUAUUUACUUGUAGAAUUGGCACUCCACUGAUGGUAUUCAUGCUAAAAGUUAAUUUACU